AUGGAGCCAUUUCAUUCAGAUGAUGAUGCCAUGGAAGAAGGUAUGGAGUCCCCAUAUCAACAUGGAAUUAACGGGGAGCCGCAGCUGCUUCCGCGUGUUGGAGAUCAGUACCAGGCAGUUAUCCCUCGUCUAGUCCCAGAGGAUGAUCGUUUAAAGCUCAUUAGAUGCUUCGGAUUAGAGCCCCACCUGGUUACAUUUGGUUUGCCUAUCCCACUUAUGUGGACAAGAAGUGAGAAAUUCAGAGGUUUUCGCGAGAUUGAAUUCGAAGGAGAAGGGAGACCUCCAUGCCGCCAUGUCUCCUCUGCUAGAAUGAGACCGAGGAGUCUUGUUCUUGCGUUGCCAUGCCAGAAAAAUGCAAAGUUAAAGUUCGGGUGGCUCGAUAAGAGCCUUUAUCCAUUCCCUGGAACUCUAGGUGAAUCUUGGGAAGACUCUGAGAAAGAGAGAUUUCUUCUUGGCCUCUACUUUCUUGGGAAAAACCUUGUCUUGCUGCAGAGAUUUGUUGGGAGCAAAAAGAUGGGAGACAUGCUCUCAUACUAUUACGGCAGCUUUUACAGGUCUAAUGAAUACAAGAGAUGGGUAGAUGGACGCAAGUCCAGGAGAAGCAGACGGUCUGUUCAGGGCCACAAGUUAUUAACAGAUUGGAGGCAACAAGAAUUGCUCUCUCGGAUCUCCUGUCAUGUAUCCGAGGAAUGCAAGAGUAUGUUGCUUAAGGUAUAUAAAGCAUUUAGAGAAGAUAGGAUUGCACUGGAGGAGUAUGUGUUCACUUUAAAGAAUUUGGUUGGUAUUGAUAUGCUUACUGAAGCGAUUGGCAUAGGUAAAGGCAAGAAAGAUUUGACCAACUCCGCGUUAGAGCCGACCAAGUUGAAUCCUGGAGCCUCCAAAGUCCGAAUACGCAAUGAUCUUCCCGUUGCAGAUAUUGUCAAAUUCUUAACCGGAGAGUAUAGGAUGAGCAAGACCCGGUCCAGUGACCUCUUCUGGGAAGCUGUUUGGCCACGUUUGUUGGCAAGAGGGUGGCAUUCUGAGCAGCCGGAAGAUGGUCCAAAGAACUCUCUUGUUUUUCUCAUACCGGAAGCCGAUAAGUUUUCCAGGAGGGACAUGUCAAAGGGGAAUCACUACUUUGAUACUCUCACUGAUGUCUUGAACAAGGUUGCUUUAGAUCCCACGCUUCUUGAGCUCACUACUGAUGAUAUUGGGAGGAGCAAAGACGAGGAAAUCAAGAAUGACCCGCCGAUAGAUAUAGAGGAGUCUGAUGAUGAUUCUUCACAAAACAAUAAGAAGAAGAAAAGGUACCUACAACCACGCAUCAAAUCAAGUAAAAGUCAGGAGGUGACCAUGUUUACGAUCGUGGAUACCAGUGGUGUGAAAGAAGGAUGUACAUUGAAAGAGCUAAGAUCUUUGCCUAUUGAGACAUGCAAUUCAGUAGCAAACCCCCCAACAAGUUACUUGAGUGAAUCUGAGGAUUACCAGCUGUCAGAAGACUAUAAAAACAAGGCAGAGACAGCAACAGUCAGUAUUAGUCCUGGUAAGAGCAGCUCUGUAAACAUGGACAGUUCAAGCACCAUUUCGCUAAAUGAGAGUCUGCAGAAGAACCGGAAACGAGGGAGACCAAGAAAUCCAAAGUUGUUACACAACAGGGGUAGCUUGGUUAAUUGUGCUCAGAAAUCAAUGAAGAAGGGGACAAAGAUGAGACCAAGCCCAUUAGAAGCUGAUCAAAACGUAGUGCUGACGAGAGAAGAGCAUAUCGAUACUCUGAAACUGUCCUCUGCAGAAGAUAGCUGCUGUGGAAGAAAUAAAGGUUGCCGCCAAAUAUCACCGGGAAGACUUGAAAUCAGAGAAGAUUUCGACUUGAACGUUUCACAAAUUUCACUAGAAGGCGAAGCUUUCGGGGUGGAUAACAGUGAGAGCUCUUGUGCACAGCAGUCAUCUAUUCAAAUGGAUGAGGAAAAGCAGUGUAAGACUCGAGAGCUGCAGGUAAGCGGUGGUCCUGGGCGGAGGCAGAGUACAAGGACCCGACCAUUGACUGCAAAAGCACUCGAAGCUUUUGCUUUCGGGUACCUUGGUAACUCGGAAAAGAAGAAAAAGUCUACGGAGGUGUCAAGAAAAAAGUAUACAAAGCGAAUCCGUAAAGAACAAGCCUUGAAUCACGAGGAAUCUAGCAGUUAG